AUGCAUCCCCAUCUACACACCGAAGAAGUCCAAAAGAACUGCGCAGACGUCGUCGCCGCGCUAGAAGAAUGCCAUAACCGCGGCUUCAUCUGGAAAGUAACAGGGAACUGCACCGACGCGAAAUACAAAGUCAACAUGUGCCUGCGCGGCCUGCGACUCGAGCGGACGAAGCAGAAUCGCGAGGCGGCCAAGGAGAAGAGGGAGAAGAUACAGAAGGUGUGGAAGGAGUUGGAUGAGAACAAAUGA